AUUGAAAUGGCGAUUGAGACACUGCAAAAGUCUGAUGGUCUGUCCACUCACAGAAGCUCUCUUCUCAACAGCCAUCUUCAAUGGCUUUUAGACAACUACGAAACUGCAGAAGGAGUGAGCCUCCCAAGAAGUACCCUUUACAACCAUUACUUACGACAUUGUCAGGAACAUAAAUUGGAUCCAGUCAAUGCUGCCUCCUUUGGAAAACUCAUACGGUCAAUCUUCAUGGGAUUACGGACCAGAAGACUCGGAACUAGGGGAAACUCCAAAUACCACUACUAUGGGAUUCGUGUCAAGCCAGACUCUCCUCUUAAUCGACUACAAGAGGACAUGCAAUAUAUGGCUAUGAGACAACAGCCCAUGCAGCAGAAACAGAGGUAUAAGCCUAUGCAGAAAGUGGAUGGAGUUGCAGAUGGCUUCACAGGAAGCAGUCAACAGACAGGCACAUCUGUUGAACAAACUGUAAUUGCCCAAAGUCAACAUCAUCAACAGUUUUUAGAUGCAUCUCGAGUACUUCCAGAGUUUGGAGAAGUUGAAAUAUCUUCUCUACCAGACGGUACUACCUUUGAGGACAUCAAAUCACUGCAGAGUCUUUAUCGAGAGCACUGUGAGGCAAUACUGGAUGUGGUUGUGAAUCUUCAAUUCAGCCUGAUAGAAAAAUUGUGGCAAACUUUCUGGCGCUAUUCUCCCUCUGCUCCACCUGAUGGCACUACUAUUACUGAACCAAGCAAUCUGAGUGAAAUAGAAAGUCGACUUCCAAAAGCAAAGCUGAUUACUCUGUGCAAGAACGAGUCUAUUCUGAAAUGGAUGUGUAACUGUGACCAUGUGAUGUACCAGGCUUUGGUGGAGAUUCUCAUUCCUGACGUCCUUAGACCUAUUCCUAGUGCCUUGACCCAAGCCAUUCGCAAUUUUGCAAAAAGCCUUGAAGGUUGGCUUUCAAAUGCCAUGAACAAUAUUCCACAGAGGAUGAUACAAACCAAGGUUGCCGCUGUAAGUGCCUUUGCCCAGACUCUGCGAAGAUACACAUCUCUUAAUCACCUGGCUCAAGCAGCUCGUGCCGUGCUUCAAAAUACUUCCCAGAUCAACCAGAUGCUCAAUGAUCUUAACCGUGUUGAUUUUGCCAAUGUUCAGGAGCAGGCUUCCUGGGUGUGCCAGUGUGAUGACAACAUGGUUCAGAGACUAGAAACAGAUUUCAAGAUGACUCUUCAGCAGCAGAGCACUCUGGAGCAGUGGGCUGCCUGGCUUGAUAAUGUAAUGAUGCAAGCACUGAAACCAUAUGAAGGAAGGCCAAGCUUUCCUAAAGCAGCACGGCAAUUUCUGUUAAAAUGGUCUUUCUACAGCUCAAUGGUGAUUCGAGAUUUAACCUUGCGCAGUGCUGCUAGCUUUGGCUCUUUUCAUCUGAUCCGCUUGCUUUACGAUGAAUACAUGUUUUACUUAGUAGAACAUCGUGUUGCUCAGGCAACAGGAGAGACACCUAUUGCAGUUAUGGGAGAGUUUGGUGAUUUAAAUGCUGUGUCCCCUGGAAACAUGGAUAAAGAUGAGGGCAGUGAAGUUGAAAGUGAAAUAGAUGAAGAGCUGGAUGAAAAUGGAGAGCCACAAGCCAAGAGGGAGAAAACAGAGCUAAACCAGGCAUUCCAGGUGGGCUGCAUGCAGCCAGUGCUUGAAAGUGGAGUACAGCAGAACCUCCUGAACCCAAUUCAUAAUGAGCACAUUGUUGCAACCACUCAGACUAUCCGACAAUGUAGUGCUACUGGAAAUACAUAUACCGCAGUCUAAUAUGAAACCUCCCCCUGUGACACCCCCCCCCAUUACACUAGCCCUUUGGGUUUAAUA